AUGUUGACCGGCUCUGACCCGUACAACAAUGAUACCCGGGGCUCCACUGACUUUCUAAAUAAAGAUAUUAUGUCAUCUCGCCCAGUGGGUAAUGGUACGGAGUAUUUUCCUGGUUUUCUAUCCGAACCUAGUGCUGGUGGAUUAACCCUUGGAGCUAGUUAUAAAGGAUAUGAAAAUUCAUUUGAGAAUCCAAAUCUACACGGCCACCGACGAGAAGGGCCUGGCCUUAGUGGACCGCCUUCUGGACCCAGCAAUAUUAGAGGAUACGAAACCCCAUUUGAUGAUCCAAAUUUGCUCGUCCGCGCACGAGAUGGAUCAUUCAGUGGAUUGACUGGUGGAGCUAGUGUUAGAGGCUACCAAGCUUCGUUUGAGGACCCAAAUUUGCUCGGCCAACGGCGGGAUGUUGGGGCUAGCAUUCCUGAUGUGGGCUCUGGAAGGCCUAAUUCCAUGAGAAGGUCUGCUGGUCCUCCAGUGGAGGCUGAUGGAGCAGUGUCGAAUGUGCUGUUUGUUGAUGGGCUUCCUACUGACUGUACCAGAAGAGAAGUGGGACAUCUUUUCCGACCGUUUAUCGGGUUUAGAGAACUUCGACUUGUCCAUAAGGAGCCCAGACGUCGUGGGGACAAGGCCAUGGUGCUGUGCUUUGUCGAGUUCGCUGAUGCAAAGUGUGCUCUUACUGCUUUGGAGGCCCUUCAAGGUAGUUACAAGUUUGAUGACAAGAAGCCCGACUCCCCACUCUUGAAGAUACAUUUCGCUCAUUUUCCCUUCCGUCUGCCGUCAGAGAGAGAUGGCCCACGGGGAUGA